AUGUCGGCGACGCUGUACCGGCUCGCCGGCCGCAGCGCCAAGCGACUGUGCAUCCGGUCCCGGGCGACGCCAUCAACAGCAUUCGCCAGCUCCAUCUCACACCCCGCCCGCGCCUUCUCCGUCUCAGCCUUCCGUCGCUAUGCCGAGCCUCAGGAGCAUCAGGGCACCCGCCUGGUUCCGACGGGCCCUGACUUCACGACUCCCGCCGACCCCUACGACCUCGAGGCCCAGCUUUCCAGUGGCGGCACCAGUACCACGGUAAAAUCCCGCGACGAAUCGGUCGAGGACCGCAAGGUCCGCCACUACACGGUCAACUUCGGUCCCCAGCACCCGGCUGCUCACGGCGUGUUGCGCCUGAUUCUGGAACUGAACGGCGAGGAGAUCAUCCGAUCGGACCCCCACGUCGGCCUGUUGCACCGCGGCACAGAGAAGCUGUGCGAGUACAAGACGUACCUGCAGGCGCUCCCCUACUUUGACCGUCUCGACUACGUCUCCAUGAUGACCAACGAACAAUGUUUCUCGCUGGCCGUCGAGAAGCUGCUCAACAUCGAGAUUCCCGACCGCGCCAAGUUCAUCCGGACCCUGUUCGGCGAACUCACCCGCGUGCUGAACCAUCUCAUGGCCGUCCUCACCCACGCCAUGGAUGUCGGUGCGCUGACGCCGUUCCUGUGGGGUUUCGAGGAGAGAGAGAAACUGAUGGAAUUCUAUGAGCGCGUGUCGGGCGCUCGUCUCCACGCUGCCUACGUCCGCCCCGGCGGCGUCCACCAAGAUAUCCCCGUCGGUCUGCUCGACGACAUCUACCAAUGGGCGACGCAGUUUGGCGACCGCAUUGACGAGACGGAGGAGAUGUUGACGGACAACCGUAUCUGGAUCAACCGUCUGCAGGGCGUUGGCGUCGUGAGCGCCGCUGAUGCGCUCAACUUGUCCUUCACGGGCGUCAUGCUGCGCGGGUCCGGUGUCCCCUGGGACAUCCGCAAGAGCCAGCCGUACGACGCCUACGACCAGGUCGAGUUCGACGUCCCCGUCGGCACCAACGGCGACUGCUACGACCGCUACCUGUGCCGCAUGGAGGAGUUCCGCCAGUCGCUGCGCAUCAUCAUCCAGUGCCUCAACAAGAUGCCCGCCGGCCCCGUCCGCGUCGAGGACUACAAGAUCUCGCCCCCGCCCCGCUCCGCCAUGAAGGAGAACAUGGAGGCCCUUAUCCACCACUUCCUGCUCUAUACCAAGGGCUAUGCCGUCCCGCCGGGCGACACCUACUCGGCCAUCGAGGCGCCGAAGGGCGAGAUGGGCGUGUACGUCGUCAGUGACGGCUCCGAGCGCCCGUACCGCGUGUCCAUCCGCGCUCCGGGCUUUGCCCAUCUCAGCGGGUUUGACCACGUCUCGCGGGGGCAUCUGCUGGCUGACGCCGUGGCUGUCAUUGGUACCAUGGAUUUGGUGUUUGGCGAGGUCGAUCGGUAA